GGUCGUUUCAGUUCGGAGUCGCAACUCAACACGUACAGACGGGAUGGAUUAGCUGUUUGCUCUCUAAAUAAAAAUUUAUGCAUUUAAAGCUAGAAUAAAGUACAAAAACAAAUUAUUUACGGACUCAAUUGUGAUAGUUGGCUUUGGAAUAGUCAACGGCAACAGAACUUAAAAAUAUAUCGGAGAACGUGUGCUUGUUAAAGUCAAUUGUAACUGUGAAAGCGCACAAUCGAAUCUCAAAGCAGAGGAAAAUUAUAAAGAAAACUUGAGUUUUUCACGAAAAAGAGAAAAGCCUUCAAGUUUGGAAUUCAGAGGGAAACGACCGGAGAAGCAUUUAAGAAUCAGCCAUCUAGAGGAUAUAACAAAACGCUGAACUCAAAAUGGUUUCUAUAGUAUCUGAGCAUCCGUCUUAUGGACCUAGCGGUUACGAUCUAGUUAAUGAUCAGGUGGAUAACAACACAAACGCGACGCGACUAUUUAAAAAUAAUAUCUGCAACAUCUACAACAUGAACCACGAGGAGGCGCGCCUAAAGACCUUUGAACACUGGCCACUGGACUGGCUAGAUAAACAUCAGCUGGCCCAGACUGGCUUAUACUUUACCCAACAGGACGACAAAGUAAAAUGUUUUUUUUGCGGUGUGGAAAUCGGACGGUGGGAGCCGGAGGAUCAACCUGUGCCAGAACAUCAACGAUGGUCGCCCAAUUGCCCGCUGUUGCGCCGACGCACAACCAGCAAUGUACCGAUCAAUGGCGAAGCAUUGGAUCGCGUCCUGCCGCCUAUAAGCUACGAUAUCUGCGGUGCCAACGACUCGACAACGACUGUGGAGCUAAGAGAGAAUGCCUACGCAGAAGGACGCAUCCCAAGGUCGCAGUUGAUCCAGUCGAUAGGCGUCAAUACAGCGAGUGCGGCAGCCACUGUUGCCGAAACAUCCCCGCCAAUAAGCUCCACCGCCACCCGUACAUCGACAGCCACCCAGGCCAAUGGCGAUGUCCAGCCGGAAUCGUGUUAUCACGGAGCUGGCAAUUAUUAUCCCGAGUACCCCGAGUAUACCUUGGAAUCAGCGCGACUGCGCACCUUCGAGGCGUGGCCAAGAAAUCUAAAGCAAAAGCCCCACCAGCUGGCCGAGGCGGGUUUCUUUUAUACGGGCGUUGGAGAUCGCGUCCGCUGCUUCAGUUGCGGUGGUGGUCUCAAGGAUUGGGACGACAACGACGAGCCCUGGGAACAGCACGCCUUGUGGCUAAAUCAGUGCCGUUUCGUCAAACUGAUAAAGGGUCAACUGUAUAUCGAUACGGUGGCCGCCAAACCAGAGCCAGCCAAAGAGAAGGAGAGUUCGGCAGUAGUCGAUGUUGUCAGCGGUCAGAUAGCGGAAGAGGAAGGAUCAGAGGCGACCAGUUCGGGGGAUGUGCCCCCGUCUGUGAUUCCCACGGCGGCCACCCGCAUCUUCGACAAGAUUCAGGAGACAGCAGCGGCGGUUCCGUUAACGAACAACAGCUCUUCCAUACCCGAAGAGAAACUAUGCAAGAUCUGCUACGGUGCCGAGUACAAUACGGCAUUCCUGCCCUGCGGUCAUGUGGUGGCCUGCGCCAAGUGCGCCUCCUCCGUGACCAAAUGUCCGCUGUGCCGGAAACCCUUUACCGAUGUGAUGCGUGUAUAUUUUUCUUAAGAACUAUAACGUGGACCAAAGUCCACAAGAUAAAUAUAAACAUGACAAAAUUAA